UCUUCUUCUUCUACUACUUGGAAUUGGAAUAUCUUGGACUACUUCAUGGUGAUAGGCAUGGGUGUGGGUAAGAGGAAGAAAUUACUUGUGGCCAUGGCCUAUUUAUCCCUUGUUGUGUCAGCGCGUUUAAGUCAUAAAGUAGGAAGAGAAGAAGAACCAGAACCAGAAGCCGAUCGAAUAAUUAAACUUCCUGGACAGCCCAAAGUCUCAUUUCAGCACUACUCUGGCUAUGUCACUGUUGAUAAAGUGGCCGGCAGAUCUCUCUUCUAUUGGCUCACUGAAGCUGUUCAUCUACCUGAUUCCAAACCUUUGGUCAUUUGGUUCAAUGGAGGGCCUGGCUGCUCUUCGUUGGCUUUUGGAGCUUCGGAGGAGAUAGGCCCAUUCAAGAUCAAGAAGAAUGGGACAGGUUUGUACCUCAAUAAGUUCUCAUGGAACACUGUAGCCAACCUACUUUUCAUUGAAUCUCCGGCCGGCGUCGGCUUCUCUUACACCAACACAUCAUCCGAUCUCCACCACUCAGGCGAUACACGCACCGCAAUGGAUGCACUGGAAUUCAUUAACCGAUGGUUGGAUCGGUUUCCACGCUACAAACAACAAGAGAUUUAUUUGACGGGAGAGAGCUAUGCCGGACAUUAUGUUCCCCAACUGGCCAAAGAGAUUAUGACAUAUAAUUCAAGGACUAAGUUUCCUAUAAAUCUCAAAGGGAUAAUGGUUGGGAAUGCGGCUAUAGAUUACUACUAUGAUACCAUUGGCAAAGCAGACUACUAUUUGAGCCAUGCCAUCAUCUCUGAUGAAACUCAUAGGCAGAUACUCAACAAAUGUGAUUUCCAUCAACAUAACGGCGAAUCGAAAGAGUGCAAGUCAAUAAGCGACUAUACCGAGAAAGAAAUUGGAAACAUUGACACCUACAACAUAUAUGCACCUACAUGCAGCAAUUCAAAUGGCACCAAUUCUACCCGCAGGAACCUGGAUUUAUCUCAUGGACCCCUUUCGAUUUUCAGGCGGCUUUCAGGAUAUGAUCCUUGUAGAAAACAGUAUGCUGAGAUUUAUUACAACAGACCAGAUGUGCAGCAAGCUCUCCAUGCCAACACUACUAAAAUCUCUUAUCAUUGGACUGCUUGCAGGUUGAUUAAGAGUAUAAAUUAUACUGAGAAAGCUCAUUCAAUUCUGCCAAUCUACAAAGAGAUGAUUGCUGGUGGUUUGAGAAUUUGGGUGUACAGUGGCGAUAUCGAUGCUGCGGUGCCGGUAACUGCCACCAAAUACUCCCUUGCUCAGCUUAAUUUGACAACCAAAAUGCCAUGGUAUCCAUGGUAUCUGAACAAUCAGGUGGGAGGAUGGACUGAGGUAUAUGAAGAGCUAACCUUUGCAACAGUGAGGGGAGCAGGUCAUGAAGUGCCAGUUUUCAAACCCAAAGAAGCUCUUGAGCUCCUCAAAUCAUUUUUAAGUGGGACACCUCUACCGAAAUUAUAGGAGACACUUUGGAGCAGACUCUGUUCUUCAAUAUUUCGAUUAAUCUUUUCUUUGACCAAGAAAAAUGUAAUUUAUUAA